AUGGCGGCCACGAAAGAGCGCAUCACCUGCCACAUCCUCGACACGUCCAAGGGCAGUCCGGCUCGUGGUGUCCGCGUCCGGCUCGAGCUGACGGCGCCACGACAGCCGCCGGCAACGGCGUCCGGCACGAUUGAAGCACCCGGCGGCCACCACUACCACGGCGGUGCCACCAAGGUGUUUGAGUCGCAGACGAACGACGAUGGCCGCGUCACCGUGUGGCUGCCGUACUCGUCGUCCAACGCGUCUGGAGAGGUGCCUGUCUAUACGCUCGACGACGUGCUCGGCGAGGCCGAGGAGGAGGCUGCGGCCCGGUCGACGUCGCCGCUGCCAUCCACCUGGACGCUGCGCUUCGACGUCGACGGCUACUAUGGCGUCGGCAACGCCUUCUUCCCCGAGGUCGCCGUGACGUUCCGCGUGGCCCCUGGGCAGCACUACCAUGUCCCGCUGCUGCUGAACCCGUUCUCGUACACCACGUACCGCGGCAGCUGA